CCGCGGCACGGCCCGCCCGCGACAUGGCCAGCUCCGGAGAGGACAUGUCCAACGAUGAUGACUCACACCCUGCAGCAGCUGGGAUGGCGGGCAGUGCCCAUCUCCUGGGGUUCUCUGACGAGAUCCUCCUGCAUAUCCUGAACCACGUCCCUAGCACAGACCUGAUUCUGAAUGUCCGGCGCACCUGCCGGAAGCUCGCAACCCUGUGCCUUGACAAGAGCCUCAUUCACACCGUGUUGCUGCAGAAGGACUAUCAGGCGAGCGAGGACAAGGUAAAGCGGCUGGUGAAGGAGAUUGGCCUGGAGAUCCAGCAGCUGAACAUGGCCGGCUGCUACUGGCUGUCGGGCUCCACCAUCGAGCAUGUUGCCCGGUGCCGCAGCCUGGUGAAAGUGAACCUCUCCGGCUGCCACCUGACCUCCCUGCGCCUCUCUAAGAUGCUCUCGGCCCUGCAGAACCUGCGUUCGCUGGCCAUCGAUGUGAGCCCGGGCUUCGAUGCCAGCCAGCUGAGCAGCGAGUGCAAGGCCACACUGAGCCGUGUGCAGGAGUUGAAGCAGACGCUGUUCACACCCUCCUACGGUGUGGUGCCCUGCUGCACCAGCCUCGAGAAGCUACUGCUCUACUUUGAGAUCCUGGACCGCACGCGUGAGGGCGCUAUCCUCUCAGGCCAGCUCAUGGUGGGCCAGAGCAAUGUGCCCCACUACCAGAACCUGCGGGUCUUCUAUGCUCGGCUGGCGCCGGGCUACAUCAACCAGGAGGUGGUGCGGCUGUACCUGGCCGUGCUCAGUGACCGCACACCCGAGAAUCUGCAUGCUUUCCUCAUCUCUGUCCCUGGCAGCUUUGCUGAGAGUGGGGCCACCAAGAACCUCCUGGAUUCCAUGGCCCGCAACGUGGCCUUGGAUGCCCUGCAGCUGCCAAAGUCCUGGCUGAACGGCUCGUCCCUCCUCCAACACAUGCAGUUCAACAAGCCCUUUUACUUCAGCUUCAGCCGGUGCACCCUAUCUGGUGGCCACCUGAUCCAGCGGGUCAUCAAUGGUGGGAAGGACCUCCGGAGCCUAGCCAGCCUGAAUCUCAGCGGCUGUGUCCACUGCCUCUCUCCGGACUCGCUGCUCCGCAAGGCAGAGGAUGAUAUUGACAGUAGCAUCCUGGAAACGCUGGUGGUGUCCUGCUGCAACCUGCGGCAUCUGAACCUCUCGGCUGCCCACCACCACAGCUCUGAGGGCCUGGGCAGGCACCUUUGCCAGCUCCUGGCUCGGCUGCGCCACCUGCGCUCCCUCUCCCUGCCUGUCUGCUCCAUCGCUGACUCAGCGCCACGGGCUGACCGCGCGCCUGCCCAGCCUGUGAUGCAUGCUGUGCCCCGUGGCUUUGGCAAGAAGGUGCGCAUUGGCGUGCAGUCCUACCCCAGCCCCUUCUCGGGCCAGACAGUCCCCCAGCCUUCCUCUGUGUUCUGGUCUCUGCUGAAGAACCUGCCUUUUCUGGAACACCUUGAGCUGAUCGGGUCCAAUUUCUCCUCUGCCAUGCCACGCAACGAGCCUGCCAUCCGUAACUCCCUCCCGCCCUGCAGCCGGGCGCAAAAUGUCGGGGACUCAGAGGUGGCUGCUAUUGGCCAGCUGGCCUUCCUGCGGCAUCUGACCCUAGCCCAGCUGCCCAGCAUCCUGACAGGCUCUGGGCUGGUCAGCAUUGGCCUGCAGUGCCAACAGCUCCAGUCCCUGUCACUGGCCAACCUGGGCAUGAUGGGGAAGGUGGUCUACAUGCCCGCCCUCUCAGACAUGUUGCAGCACUGCAAGCGGCUGAAAGACCUCAGGCUGGAGCAGCCCUACUUCAGUGCCAACGCCCAGUUCUUCCAGGCGCUAGGCCAGUGCCCCUCCCUGCAGCGCCUGUGCCUGGUCUCCCGCAGCGGCACCCUGCAGCCUGACGCCGUGCUGGCCUUCAUGGCCCGCUGCCUGCAUGUUGUUGUGUGUCACUUGUUCACCGGGGAGUCCCUCGCCACCUGCAAGAGCCUGCAGCAGUCACUUCUCCGCAGGUGA